UUUUGAGAUAUUUAUGGAGAUUGUUAGACAGACCGUCAACGUAUUAGUGUUCAGAAACACGCGUGUACACAUGGAAUAUCUGGUUUUAUUGUCGCGUCAAACACGGAAGUACCGAUAGUUUCAUGCUAGCAGCACCGGGGGUGAUGGGGCCAGACAGUGCCCCAGGUCCAGCUGUGCCCUGGCGGAAGGUGCUGUGGGAGCGACAGCCAUUCCCUGAUAACUAUGUAGACCAGCGGUUCUUGGAGGAAUUACGGAGGAAUGAGGGCAUCCGGCAGUACCGCUACUGGGCUGUGGUGAGAGAAGCAGGCUUCGUCGGUGAGCAGCUGUCCUGUGUGGCCAUUUUUAUCUCAGUCUGGCUCUACAUGGAGCAGGGUCGGCUGUCCCCUGAGACGCUGAUAUGGACCAGCCUUGUCUGCGCCCUGUUGGGUUACGGACUGCACCAAGCCUUGACGUCUCAAGUGGAAUCAGGCUGUGAGCCCCGGACUCGUCUGGCUGACUUACAGAGUGCCACUAUUUUUCUUUCCUUCACCUUUGGCUUCUCGCCAGUUUUAAAGACACUAACUGAGUCUGUGAGUACGGACACAGUGUAUGCCAUGUCUGCUAUGAUGCUGCUGGCCCACCUGGUGUCGUUCCCUUACGCCCAGCCCUCACCCCCAGGAAGCCUCUCCCUAAACGCAGCCCUGUUUGCCUCAGUGUGUUUAGCCUCAAGGUUACCUGGGGCUCUGCACACCUUCGCCAUGCUCAGCUGUGCCCUGCUGAUGUUUGCACUGUGGCCCUGCUUGCUGCAGAGGCUGAGGGAGAACGCACCCAGGCACUUUACUGGGGUGUGUGUGGGAGUGUGUAUCGGAGGGGUGGGUGGUCUGGGGUCCCAGUGGCCAGGGGGAGCCGUGCUUUUAGCCCUGGCCUUAGGGAGUGUUACAUUACUCUGCCCCCUGCUGCUAGUUAGACUGCAGAGGCACAAGGACAACAUCCACGGGCCCUGGGACGAGGCUGAGAUUCACGAGGACCUCAGCCACUUCAUUCACUAGUGGAAAUUUAAUGUGUAAGCCAAGGGAGAAUUUUAUAUGAAUUAAUUUAAUGUCAGUUUGCAGUGUUAUGUUGGUGCUGUAGAUACAAACUGACAGACGUUAACUCUUUUAUCACUGGUCCACAUCUGCUUGGACAGCCACGACAACUUGUUAUACUCUCACAGAGAACAUGAAGGUGUUUUUAAUGAUCAAGCUGCUAUUGUCUUACAAGUGUUGACCUCAGAGUUUAUAUGGAAGGUAUCAACUAACGUGAUGCAGACGUACAUUACUGGACACAUUCUGAUGCUAUGCACUAAUUUGAUAUCAGUGAUGUUUUAAUAAUCUGUGGGAGAUGCUCCAUGUUUUUAUUGUUGUGUACAGUAUGUUGUUGGUGUUGUGUGUGAAUGGACGGAUGCAUAGUCUCGAGCCUAGUGGCUUCAAACUGUAAAUGUACAAAUUCUGAUUUUAAAGGAUUUUCCCAAUACAAAGGAGUUAUUAAAAGAUCAUUUUUACCUGCUACUGUCCAAGUGUAAUCAACGAUGAUUAAAAAAUAGCCUCAAAUGUAUUGUCAGUUGUACAUGAGGCUGAUUUCAUUUUAAUUUUUGACAAGCAAAUCUGUGGCAGAGAAGUGUUUGAGUUGUGCUGGUCAGCAAUUAAGUUUUAAUUUAAUUUAAUUUUAAUGUUGUGAACUCUCCUUUCCAAUAUUCUAGGAUUACAUGAGUAAAUCUGGGAGAAGUCUAGUAUAACCUCCUGUUGAUCAUCAUACAGGGCAGAGAACAUGCAGCUCUCUUUCUCAUUUAGUUAAACAAAAGAAGAAUACAGAUUCAGUGCACUAAUAGCACAGUAACAAAAGAGCAGAGGUAAA